GCUUUUUCUGUCAGAGGCCCUCCGGCAGCAGGGGAGGCCUGUGGGACGGCGUAAAGUUGAAUGGAGAGGAGAAGGGGAAAGGGCAAAACGGAUGUACCAAUGAAGUCUGGAAACUAACCAUUGCAACAAGGGAUUUUAAAACUUUUCCACUCUUUGGGAAUAUACUGUAAGAAGAUCAAGUUCUUUACCACUGGAGACUUGUUUCAGGUAGUGGCGUCAAGAUGGCGGCUGCAGCAGAAGCAGCCACAGUUAUCAUGAAUGAAGAGGAGCUGAAGAGGAAGCAAAGGGAAAAACUGAAAAAGCUCCAAGCAACAGGUGGCAACCCUCGGCCAGCUCGCUCAUUGUUCAUGUUCACACUGAAAAACCCGUUCCGCAAGGCCUGCAUCAACAUUGUGGAGUGGAAAACUUUUGAGAUAAUCAUCUUAUUGACCAUCUUUGCAAACUGUAUAGCAUUGGCUGUUUUCCUGCCCAUGCCUGAAGAAGACUCCAAUAACACCAACUCCAGUUUGGAAAGUCUGGAGUACAUCUUCCUGGUCAUCUUCACUGCUGAGUGCUUUCUAAAGAUAGUGGCGUAUGGGUUAGUGUUUCAUGAAGGAGCCUAUUUAAGGAACUGUUGGAACAUAUUGGACUUUGUCAUUGUCUUUAUGGGUCUCUUCACCUUUGCCUUGGACACCAUCAAUAAGAUUGCAGGUGUGCCAAUGGAGAAAGGUGGAGGGUUUGAUAUGAAAGCCCUGAGAGCAUUCAGAGUGCUAAGGCCGCUUCGUCUAGUCUCUGGAGUCCCAAGCCUGCAGGUGGUAAUGAACUCUAUACUAAAAGCUAUGCUACCUCUUCUACACAUCGCUUUGUUGGUCUUUCUUCUGGUCACCAUCUACGCCAUCAUGGGACUGGAGCUGUUCAAGUGCAAAAUGCAUAAGACUUGCUAUUACACCAACACAGAUAUCUAUGCCGCUGCUGAAGGAGAGAUGCCUGCGCCCUGUGCUCAGGCUGGUAAUGGUCGUCGGUGCAUCAUCAACGGCUCAGAGUGUCGUCCGGGCUGGGAGGGUCCUAACAACGGCAUCACCCACUUCGAUAACAUUGGAUUUGCCAUGCUAACGGUCUACCAGUGUAUUACUAUGGAAGGGUGGACCAAAGUGCUCUACUGGGUUAAUGACGCCAUAGGAAAUGAAUGGCCAUGGCUCUACUUUGUUCCCCUGAUAUUGAUAGGCUCAUUCUUUGUGCUGAAUUUAGUUUUGGGUGUACUCAGCGGGGAGUUCACCAAAGAGCGAGAAAAGGCCAAGUCCCGUGGAGAGUUUCAGAAGUUACGAGAACGUCAGCAGUUGGAUGAGGAUCUCCACGGAUACAUGGAGUGGAUCACUCACGCUGAGGUCCUGGAUGCUGAUCGAGAGGGCAAAGGACUCCUGCCUUUGACUAAUGGAGAAGAUGAUACAGACAGCUUGUAUGGUUUGGAAGGAAAAAGUAAAGUAAUCUACUACUAUCGCUUGGCUCGCCGCUGGAACAGAUUCUUCAGAAUGAAAUGUCUCAUCUAUGUGAAAACCAAGACUUUUUACUGGAUUGUGAUGAUUCUGGUCUUCCUCAACACCUUAACUAUUGCGACAGAACAUCAUGACCAGUCUGAACGGCUCACCAACCUCCAAGAUGUGGCCAGUCGUGUGCUCCUGGUGCUGUUUGUUCUGGAGAUGUUUAUGAAGAUGUAUGCUUUGGGCCCGAGACAGUAUUUCAUGUCUCUUUUUAACCGUUUUGACUUUUUUGUGGUGAUGUGCGGCAUUCUGGAGAUGAUCAUGCUCUCCGCUGGUGCCGUUACUCCUUUGGGCUUCUCUGUACUGAGGUGUAUUCGUCUACUUAGGAUCCUUAAAGUCACAAAGUAUUGGACCUCCCUGAGUAAUCUUGUAGCCUCUCUCCUAAACUCAGUCCGCUCCAUUGCCUCCCUGCUCCUCCUCCUCUUCCUCUUCAUUGUUAUUUUUUCACUCCUGGGUAUGCAGGUGUUUGGUGGAAAAUUCAUCUUUUCUGAUAACAGACCGCGACGCAGUAACUUUGACAACUUCCCUCAGGCUCUCAUUAGCGUGUUUCAGAUCUUAACAGGAGAGGACUGGACUACCAUCAUGAACAAUGGCAUUAUGGCGUAUGGAGGGCCAGUCUUUCCUGGCAUCUUGGUGGCCAUCUAUUUCAUUGUGCUCUUUGUUUGUGGCAACUAUAUCCUUCUCAAUGUGUUUUUGGCCAUUGCUGUGGACAAUUUGGCUGAAGCCGAGAGUCUCACAUCAGCCCAGAAGGAGAAGGCAGAGGAGAAAAUGCGAAGGAAACUACUAAGAUCUAAAAUGCCAGAUAAAACUGAUGAGGAGAGGGAGAGAUAUGCAAAGAAACUGGCAGAGCAGAGAGCAAAGCUGGAGGGAAUGCCCACUACAGCCAAGCUCAAAAUUGAUGAGUUUGAGUCCAACGUAAAUGAAGUAAAGGACCCAUUCCCUCCAGCAGACUUCCCAGGUGAUGAUGAAGAGGAAGAGCCGGAGAUCCCCAUCAGCCCUCGGCCCAGACCCAUGGCCGACCUGCAGCUAAAAGAGGAAGCAGUGCCCCUGCCCGAAGCCAGCUCCUUUUUCAUCUUUGGCCCUCAAAACAAGUUCCGUAAGCUGUGCUAUAAGAUCAUCAAUGCCUCCUCCUUCACCAACCUGAUCCUGCUGUUCAUCCUUUUGUCCUCAAUCUCUCUGGCGGCUGAGGAUCCCAUUGACCCCAAGUCCUACAGAAAUCAGAUCCUGGCCUAUGCUGACAUUGUCUUCACAACUGUCUUCACUAUUGAAAUUGUGCUAAAGAUGACAGUCUAUGGAGCGUUUAUGCACGAGGGUUCUUUCUGCCGUAACUCCUUCAACAUCCUUGAUCUGAUUGUGGUCGGAGUCUCCCUGCUUUCAAUGGGAAUGGAAUCUAGUGCCAUCUCUGUGGUGAAGAUUCUCAGGGUGUUGAGGGUGCUCAGGCCUCUCAGAGCUAUCAAUAGAGCCAAAGGAUUAAAGCACGUUGUCCAGUGUGUGUUUGUGGCCAUUAAAACCAUUGGAAACAUCGUCUUGGUCACGAUGCUGCUGAAUUUUAUGUUUGCCUGUAUUGGAGUCCAACUCUUUAAGGGUAAAUUCUAUAGCUGUACAGACCCAGUGAAAAUGACAGAGGAGGAAUGCCAAGGAUUCUUCUAUAAACACGUGGAAAACUCCCUGGAGGACACAGUUCUUGCCAAAAGAGAAUGGAUUAAUAGUGACUUUAACUUUGAUAAUGUUCUUUUUGGCAUGCUCGCUCUCUUCACCGUGUCCACAUUUGAAGGCUGGCCAAAACUUUUAUACAGAGCGAUUGACUCAGACCAGGAAGACAUGGGCCCGGUUUUCAAUAACAGAGUGGAUGUGUCUAUAUUUUUCAUCAUCUACAUUAUCCUUAUCGCCUUCUUCAUGAUGAAUAUCUUCGUGGGCUUUGUCAUUGUCACCUUCCAGGAGCAGGGCGAGCAAGAGUACAAGAACUGUGAACUUGAUAAGAACCAGCGUCAGUGUGUUCAGUACGCCCUGAAAGCUCGCCCUCUGAGGUGCUACAUCCCUAAGAACCCUUAUCAGUACAGGGUCUGGUACAUCGUCACCUCCUGCUACUUUGAGUACCUCAUGUUCUUCCUGAUUAUGCUCAACACACUGUGUCUUGGAAUGCAGCACUGUAACCAGUCAGACCAUGUGACCAAAUUGUCCGAUACUCUGAACUUGAUCUUCACUGUGCUCUUCACAGUGGAGAUGAUCCUCAAACUCAUGGCCUUCAAAGCGAGAGGCUACUUUGGAGACCCUUGGAAUGUUUUUGACUUCAUUAUAGUCAUUGGUAGCGUGGUUGAUGUGAUCCUAAGUGAAGUGGAUACUGCCCUAGCUGCCAGUGGAGGCCUGUACUGUCUCCAUGGUUGUCCUGAAACAAAUCCAAUGCAGGCAAUUGCGGCAACUGAAAAUGCUUCAGUUUCCAUCACGUUCUUCAGACUUUUCCGUGUCAUGCGUUUGGUUAAAUUGUUGAACCGUUCAGAGGGCAUCCGUAAUCUGCUGUGGACCUUUAUUAAAUCUUUCCAGGCUCUACCCCAUGUAGCUCUGCUUAUUGUCAUGUUAUUCUUUAUAUAUGCUGUCAUCGGUAUGCAGAUAUUUGGUAAAAUAGCCUUAGUUGACGGCACCCAAAUCAACCGCAACAAUAACUUCCAGACAUUCCCACAAGCAGUGCUAAUGUUGUUCCGAUGUGCAACCGGAGAGCAGUGGCAGGAGGUCAUGAUGGCGUCCAUGUAUGGGAAAAAGUGUGACCCAAAAUCAGACUACCUUCCCGGGGAGGAGUACACUUGUGGCUCUGGUUUUGCAGUCAUCUAUUUCCUGAGCUUCUAUUGUCUCUGUGCCUUCCUGAUUCUUAACCUCUUUGUGGCUGUUAUUAUGGACAACUUUGAUUAUCUGACCCGCGACUGGUCUCUCCUUGGUCCGCACCAUUUGGAUGAAUUCAAAAAGAUUUGGGCUGAAUAUGACCCAGAAGCAACAGGAAGAAUUAAGCAUCUGGACGUGGUCACUUUACUGCGUCGCAUCCAGCCUCCACUUGGAUUUGGCAAGUUCUGCCCUCACCGAGCUGCCUGCAAGCGUUUGGUUGGAAUGAACAUGCCUCUGAACAGCGAUGGCACUGUCACAUUCAAUGCAACACUGUUCGCUCUGGUCAGGACCGCACUAAAGAUCAAAACUGAAGGCAACUUUGAGCAGGCCAAUGAGGAGCUCAGAGCAAUUAUUAAGAAAAUCUGGAAGCGCACCAGUAUGAAGCUGUUGGAUCAGGUCAUCCCACCUAUUGGAGAUGAUGAGGUGACUGUGGGCAAAUUCUAUGCCACGUUCUUGCUCCAAGACCAUUUCCGCAAAUUCAUGAAGCGCCAAGAGGAAUACUAUGGCUACAGACCAACCAAGAAGAAUGCAUCAGGCCCAGAGAUACAGGCUGGUCUGAGGAGUAUUGAGGAAGAGGCUGCUCCAGAGAUGCAUCGGGCGAUUUCAGGAGACCUGCAAAAUGAGGAGGAGAUGGACCGAGCGAUGGAGGAGGCUGGAGAAGAGGCCAUUUUCCAGCGUUCCCAUGGCUUGUUUGGAAACCGCGUCACCUCUUUCUCUUCUGAACCGGCCAAUGCUCAAGCAAAUCAACAGAUGACCGCCCAGCGCCCUCUGCAGUUCUCUGAGAGUCAGCCCGACUCUCCUCCAAACUCUAACACAGAGUUUUUCCCCACAGCCCCACCAAGGAGCAACACUAACAACAAUGCAUUUGAUUUUUCAUUUGAAAGAGAAGGGAGCCCUGCAGAGUUUUACAAUAAUCUGGAGGAUUCAGAACUAGACAGUAGACGCUCCUGGAACUUCUCAGUGAGAACAGACAAAUCACAGUUUGCAUAUGACCCAAACUACGAUGACAGUCAGAGCCAGUUCUCUCAGUCGGCAGCUGACCAGCUCGUCCAGGAGGCCCUGUUCAAAGGUGGUGUGGGCUCUCUGGCGGGUGAUCCUGGGUUUGUGUCUGUCGCUAAGAGGGAGCUGGCUGAGGCGAUGCACCUACCUGUAUCUGAGAUAGAGGGCGCUGCUCAGAGCCUCCUCAAAGAGCGCUCCAUCUCUCAGGCUUCUAACAAAAAGAGACGUCCCAUCCCCGUACCCCCAUCGGCCCCAUCGGCCCCCUCUGCAGCACAGACCAGCCGCCCGGAACCAGCUGUGAGGAGGAAAAGACGUCCUGUACCCAUGAUCCCCUCACUAUCCCGGGAGGAGCACGACGAGACGGACUCUCAUGUUUAGACUCUGUCUUGAAAAACACUUAUUUUACACACACAGUUGGCUCAGCCUCACCGCACUUCACCUAGCUUGGUUGGUUUUUAUGUUUAAUUAUCCAUUGCGGUAAACAGAUCCAUCAACAAAAACAAUGAUAAUAAAAACUAUUCUUAUACUGGACUCUAUAGGUAUAGUUAAAAAACAACAUUAAUCUCUUUACUGACCAUUCUUUGAAGUGUGUGAGGUAAACCAUUCCUUUGACUAAUGGACGAUCCACAUGAGUGAGCCACAUGUCCUGAGUUCAGACAGGACUCACUGUGACCCAAGUGAAAACCUGCAGCUUAAGACUGUGCUGUAGUUCACUGUCAUCACCAGGCCAAACGUACAUCAGUCUUUACACUGGUCAUUUGGUUCUGAUGCUGUUCAAUAAGAGACUAGGAGGUGUUCAAGUCUCCUGCUAGGUUUUCUUAAUACAAUUUCUUUCAGCUCACCACUAUUUGUGGUUUGAAGUAUCAGAAGACUCUUUUUAACUGGGACACAUUUUAAUUUCAAAUUAAUUUUAAACGUAGUUUUGUGAUUUGUUACACCACUUUGUGGUCCAUACUUUUGUGUAAAUACAGUAAAUAGCCUAUGUAAAAUGUCCUUGUACCUGGUGUAGCGUGGACUGAAGCAUAAUCUAUAUUCACUAUUGUGCGCAAACACACUGCACUUUUCUGUCCAGUGCCUUGAUCCAAACAUUGUAAAUGUUUAACAUGUUAUUAGUUUGGCUGUGCUUUUGAGACUUACUCUGGAUGAGGCUUGGUGAACAAAUCUAAAAAAAUAAAUGUUGGUAUUUAACAUUUUCAAUACUUGAGUUACAAAUUACAGGUGAAAAAGAAGAUACAUGAUUCAUGGUAUGAAGUUAAAGAGUAGGAAAAUGUCAGUGUGUGAAUGACAUACAGUUGAAGUUAUGGUGUGAAAACUGAAACCUGCUAAAAAUAGUGUUGCAGAGCACAGAUGCGUCUUUGAGGGACACUCAUACAGUAACAUACAGCAGUGUAAACUCUACAAAUAAAGGCAAUUAAAUUAUUAAUGUUUUUCAUUUAUUAAGGUAAUCAACAAAACAGGUCAUAGACAUUGUGUCAGAAUUUUUAGAUAAACCAAAUUGUUUCAGAGAACUCGUAUAAAAGAAUAUUUCAAGAGACCAAUAAAAAACAUAAAAUAG